AUGCGUAACCAGCUCAUCGCCCUCGUAGCGGGCACUCUCCUCACUUCAGUCCUCUCCCUUCCCCGUCCUGAGCCUGUCAACGACCCAGCAAUAUACAGUGACGGUAUUCUCAGCUCCUACCUGCCCUCCACAAAUCCCGACCCCAAUCAACCCAACCCUGCCAAACUCACUGCCGCGUUAUCAUCCACCUCCCAAGUCGACAUUCGUUCCCUAACAAGUGCCAAAAAUCCAUCGCAAUUGCCUAUUUCUGCGCCUCCAGUAGUCACCUAUCCACUCUCCCUUGGCACCCCAAGCUUUUCCACAGUCGCAAAACUAGCUCUCUGGUACUACCACCCAUCUAUAGCCGACUCCAAUCACUAUCAUGCCUUCCUCAAUGCCGUCACCCUCCAAGUCACCAAACUCAAAGCUCUCCCAGGUACCACAGUGAUUAACGGCACCCGAACGACCCUCGGCCGUGGUCCAGCACCAAAACCUGGCCCUGCGCCCGACGGACCCGUCAACAGUACCAAGAACGAACAAGCUACCGUCGCCACAUUGAUCCUUGAUGGCAAUAGUCGUUCUCCCGAGGGCUGCACGGUCACACUAGCGAUCCAGGGAUUAGAGGCAAUACAAAACUUGGUGCAAAACAGUCAUUUAGGAGUAGCAGAGGGAAGUGCGUGGACAGCGCUUCGCCCGUCACGGGGUUCCGAGGCUGGGGGUGCCGAUGGUGCUGAGGCUCAAGGGCAAGCUGUGGUCAAGGCGGCAAGCUGUACGUGGUGGGGCAAUGCUGACGUCCCGUUGAGUGAGCUGCAGAAGCCGGUCCAGAAGUGGCCCGAGGAGGGAGGCGGAGUGGAGACUGGGGGCUUGACCUAA